UUCGUGUGAUUUUCGUAACGGGCAGACAAAAACAAAAUGUGUCAAAAAAUAAGGGAUGAAAACACGUCAUCGAUCGAUAAUGGGGUGCCAUUCGAGGAGGCGCACAGCAUCCGCAGAAAAUUUGCUGCAGGAACGAGAGAAAAGUUCAAUUAAAAGUUGUCCUGCCGUGUCGGAAUGGGCACUUUUAGUGACGCAAAUUUUGUGAUUAGAUGGCGAGAGACUUAGUUUGCGGCAAGAUGAACUCUGAGAUGUAGUUUGUGAAGUGAAGCGUACAGAAAUUCACGGUCUUCCAGCUGUUUCUUCCCCUCACGGGGAAACAGCAUCCUAAUAGGAUAAUUUUGUUAGAAAUGUAGUGAAAUAAUUAGUUACGGUAAAAUCCAACGUCUUCCAAAUCGUUAGUGUUAAGUGUAAACGCAAGUCUUCCAAGUUUUGCAUAAAAUAAGUUAGUUUACGUAAGAAGAAGCAUCAUCAUGAAGCAGCAAUCGUCAGCGGACAAGUUUCACCGUCGCAGAGCCGCCAUGGAGAAGGCCAACAAGGCUAAAAAGGAUAAAUUUUUCGAGCACGAUCUGAGGCUGGACGAAUCUGGCGGCAAGGACGACGACCAGAUUCCAGGCGUGACUCCGGAUUCCUCCACAAAUCCGGAAGAAAUGAUUGCUGCCGAGAAGGCCGCUCUGGACGCUCUACCAGACACCAGAAGUCCAACGUCUUCCGAGUCUUCCACGGACCGUACGACGACCAUGAAGUCGAUGGUUCACGUGAGCAAGACUCCCAAAAGCAAUAGCAAGACGCUCUUCAAGAAGCAACAAACCAGCCGCAAGAAGCUGCUCAAAAAGCUCCGUCGACUGCAGCAGCUUCAGGCCCUCCAUCCCGGCAUGUGCCUUCCGGCAGGAGCAGCGCCAGGAUUUGGACAGCCACCGCCGACAGCGCUCCGUUACGGGCCAACCGGGAAGCAGUGCUGCUGCCAGUGCGCAUGCACCGGCCUCAACAACAACCAUUUGAAGUUUCUCCCUCGGCAGCAGCAUCAUCCCUUGCAACAACAGUACCAGCAGCCAGACGGGCCGGAAGUGCUGCCGCAGAGUUCCGCAUCCGAGGCCGGAACGACGUCCACGACCUUCAACCAACAUCAGCAUCAUCACAGGCAGCAAUUCUACCAGCAUCAACGCCACAACCAACUCCAUCAUCAUCCGCCGACGGCGCAGCAUUCGACUUCCUUCCAGCGACGACCUGCCGCACAUCCUGCCCAACUGCGAGGAGCGACUGGGCCAUUUUGCAUGAAGGAGAUGCACAGCGUUGUGAGCGUCCGCGAGACCCAUCACAUCGCCCAGGCCCAGCAGGAGAAGAAUGCCAAGCUGCGGGAGGCUUUCGGCAUCUCGGAGUACUUUGUCGAGGGAACCAGCUUCGACCAGGACCGCAAGGCGAAGGAGGACCUGGCCAAGGCGGACGCCCUGCAGAAGGAGCUGGCGGAAAAGGAGCGGGCGGCUCGCGAGGCGGAAAAGGUCAACCGGAAGCGGUACGCACUGGUGAGGACUCCGUCGCCGGACCGGCCGGCGGCAGCCAGCAAUGGCGGCAAGGACGGCGGCGAGGAGGAGCGCCGUGGCCACGGUGAUGACGAUGACGACGAGGCCGGAGGGGGGCGCAAGGAUGACAAAAAGAAGCACCGCAAGAAGAAUCGAGAUGGAUCAUCAAGUCCGGAACGCAAGAAGGACAAAAAGAAGAAAUCCAAGAAAAACAAGAAAGACAGAUCCAAGAAGAAACACUCGAAACGUUCGCACCGGGACCGUGACGACAGCGAGGCCCACUCGGAUUCCGACUCGGACUCGGACCGCUCGGAUUCGCACUCGGAUGGCGGCAAGCAUCGUAAAAAGUCCUCGCGGAAGGAUAAGAAAAAGAAAAGCUCUAAAAAGAAGCACGCACGGUCGCGAUCGGGUUCGCCGGACAGCUCUCCGACGAAGCAACCGGAACGUGAUCAUGGAAAGCGCGAUCGCGAGCACCGGAAGGAAAAAGAUCGUCGCGAUGACGCGAGUUCAAGCCGGGAUCGUCGGGUCGAAGAUUCCGCUCGGCAUUCCGGGUUCUACCAGCAGCAGCAACAGCAGAGGGACUUUGAGCGUUACGGAGGAAGGAGGGCUGAGGAAAGGGGUCGGAAAAGUCGCUCCCGCGACCGGCGCAGGAAUGAUGAUCGUUCGCGGAGCAGAUCAAACUCCAAGAGAAAGGACCGGUCACGGUCGGGCUCGAGGGUCAAAGCAACGAAGCGGGACAAAUCGCACGAGAAACGCCAGCGUAGUGUAGAAAAGGCCAAGGAUCGGAAGAAGGACAAGUCGCCGAAGCGUUCGGACGGGGAUAAAAAGAAGGCGAGGGAUCGGUCUAGAUCGAGGUCCAAAUCGGUGGAGAAAAGGUCGAAGGACAAACGGCGCGAUCGUUCUGGUUCGCGUAGCACCCGCAAGGAAGACACGAAAUCGAAGGACAAGCGGCGCAACAGAUCGCGCUCGGCUAGUGAGAAGAGAAGCGACAAGAAACGGCAGGAUAGAUCACCAUCGACGAGCAAGAAGCGGGAUGAGGAAAAACGCCGCAAGAGGUCACCCUCGGCGGGUAAAAGAGGUAAGGAAGUGGAGACCAAAAGGCGUGACGAGCCGAAACGUCGCGAGAGAUCGGCGAGCAAAACUGGCAAGGUUGACGAGAAGCGUAGAGGAAGAUCACGCUCGAACAGUGGGGAUCGUUCUCGAUCGGUCAGCCGUGGUAAGCAGGCAGAGAGACGCCGUGAAAGAUCGGCUAGCAACAGACGCGAAAGAAUGACCAGACUACGAUCUCCGGCGUCCGCCAUGAAAUGGGAAAUGAUGAAGCAACGUAACGUGUCCCAAUCGGAGAACCGUGAGAGUGAUGACGGAAAACGGCGUGACAUCAAGAAGAAGGACGAUGAGAAACGCCGCGGCAAGUCAAAGGAUCGCCGUGAGCGCAAGCGGUCCGAAACACCCGAACUGAGACAACGCGACAGAAGUGAAAGCCCGGUGGAAAGACCGAGGAAGCGGUAUGAUUCUCCGAUGGCACCCAAAGCGUUUAGAAACAAGUCUCGAUCGCCUUCUAGGGAGAAACCGCGCAAGGAGCGUACAAAGUCACCGAAGGCAAGUUACCGGAAGAAUCGCUCCAAGUCUCCGGUGGCAAAGCGUAGAGAUCGCUCGCGAUCACCGGUUGAGGAACGUAGAGGUCGUUCCAAGUCACCGUUGAGAAAACGCAGAGAAAGAUCCAUGAGUGUUGAACCACCCAAGAAGACGAUGGCAUACAGAAAAAGUCCUUCUAAAUCUCCCGUCGUCAAGAACCGAAGAAACCGCUCCGAAUCAACCGAUGACAACAGGAAGAAACCUUCCAAGUCUCCGGUAAGGAACAGAAGAUCGCCACCCCUGAUGAAGAAGCCAAGAUCAAGGUCCCCGCUCCCAUCGCGGAAAGAACCAGAACAACCGACCAGAAGACAACGAUCAAACACUCCGGAAGCACGUGCGCCCGCUUCUUCUUCCAAGGCACCUGCAAAACAACCCGUGUCCGACGGAGACUCUUCCGAUUCGGACUCAUCGUCGGACUUGAGCUAUUCACCGGCCCAACGCGAUCCCGAUCGCUACCGCGACAUCUUGGAGAAGCAAAGUCGCUUAAAAGAGCGCCAAAAAUCGCGAUCACCCUCACCCAAGAAGCAAACCCCGGCGCGAAAGUCCUUCUCGCCGAAGCAGGCGCCCGUUCCGGCCAAGUCACGUUCAAAGACCCCGGUAAAGAGACGUCGCUUCGAGACGCCACCCCCGCAGGAGAAACCUGUAGUUGCGAAAAAGAAGGACACGCGAUCGCCUCCACCAAGGAAGCGCAAAGAUCGCACUCCGUCUCCAGCGGUGUCUCACUCCAGCGAAAGCAGUCGACCCUCGGUGAAGCCGGUCAAGGACGUGACCUCGGAGGCGAAGCGUCCGGAGGAGAAAUCAUCCCCGUCCUCAAACGAGAAAUCCAGCAAGCACGGUAGCAAAAAGUCCAAGAAGAAGCAUCCCCAGCAGGUUCAACCGGUUGUCAAGCUGCAAUCUCCGGCCUCGUCGUCCUCGGAAGAAUCCGACCAGGAAGCGCGCGAUCAACCCAGCAGCAGCAGCAGCAAAUCCAAACAGAAGGGACGAUCCGAUCAUCACCUGGACGCGUUCCUACCUUCGCUCACGGAACAGAAAGAGGACAAGAUGCUGAAGGCACUCAAGAAUGACUUGGCCGCCAAGGCAAAGCAAUGCCUGGAGAAGAAAAAAUCCGUAUCGGAGCUGACGGGUCCAUCGGACACGUCCGCGCAGCCUCGCGUUGGCGAGAGUCGCGAACGAAACAUCCAGAUUCAACAGGCAAAGAUGGCUUCGUACAACAUCCCGAUCGACAACGGCAAGGGCAUCGAGUUCACCUCGGAGGAAGCAACCGUUCCCGAAGAGGCGACCUUCCUGAGAAGCAAGGCCGGCGCUCCCAUGCCGGUGGCUGCCCCCGCCGUUUCCAGCAGCAGCAGCCAGAUGAAGAAGGACAUUCACGAAAUCCUGACGACCGUCGGAGCACGCCAUGCGGAAGACAGCGCUAAGAAUAGCAGCAGCAGCGGCGGAGUCGCGGUCAGCUUGGCCAAGAGCACGAUUCUGAGUGCGGUCGACAGCAUCCUGAAAGAGAAGAUAUCCGGGGCGAUCGAGUCGGCGGCCGCGGCCGUCAAGGCACGCAAGUCCCGCAGCGCGUCCCGGUCGAGGUCACGUUCGCGUUCCAGGUCGCAUCGAUCCCGCAGCUACAGCAGUUCCAGCUCAAGCUCGCGCAGCUCCCGUUCGCGGUCUUCGCGAUCUAGCCGCUCCAGAAGUGGUGCGAGCUCGCGCCGAAGCCGUACUCGCUCCCGCAGCAGCACGUCGCGAUCCCGAUCGCGCACGCCGCCGCCACCCAAGCGUCGCUCGUCGCGCUCGCCGUCGAUUCCGCGCCGUGCCGGUUCGCCCAGCUUCCUGGACCGUCGUCGGAUCACCAGCGCUCGGAAGCGUCCCAUACCGUAUCGUCGGCCGACUCCGUCGUCCCUCUCCAGUGGCAGCAGUUACCACAGCCGCAGCCGGUCCCGCUCGCGGAGCCACAGCAAAAGUGUCUAGAAAGCCCCGGUGACCAUAACGUAGCCAUAAUCGCAGAACAAACCGCAAGAGAAAAUCAAAAACAAUCAUGAGAAAAGCAAAUGCUCGAUUUUUGUUUCAUUAACUGUGCAGAUAUUAAUAUUUUAAACAGCUAUCCCGAUAUUACUAACUGAUAAGAUCAACUCACCAACUAGUCACAGACCAUUAGCAAAUUUAUUUCUUUGUUCUAGUUACUUUUUAAGGUGCAAUUCAACAAAGAAAAAGAAACGAAAUCAUGAUCUCGAGAUUACACUAUCUAAGUCAUUAAUUUAUUUAAUUUAUUUCCCUUAUUUAUUUAACUUUAUCAUAUCAUAAGCUGCAAACAAUGAAACAUACCAACAGCAAGUAUUUAAAAUGAUCAAUACACAAAUGUGAUUACAACAGGUACUAAAACGA